UCGAUUUAUCCUUGCGCGCGAACAGCACGAAAGAGUUCCUCGUGAGGCGCUCCAGUAAUGUUAGAAUUCCGCGGCUCGUGAGACCCAGUUUUGGUCACUAGCUAAAAAAAUGGGUGGGGGUAAAAUUAACAGAGUAGAGAAGAUUAGUUGCUAUUUUUAAUUUCUCUUCAGGAAGGAGCUGAGGAUAUCAGGUCUGUGGCGCACAGUUUUGCGUGGCGGCGGAGGGAUACAGCUGGGGAGUGCCACAAUUCGGCAGAACAGCUACAGAGCGCGGGAUUUGAAGUGAGUCCGCACAGGUAAGAUAUGCAACCGGGAAAAUGCCACUUUAUGGGAAAAUCGUUGUCAUUAAAAGGGAUGGAACUGAUGGAACUCAUUUUCCACUGACUGCAAACUCUUGUUUGUUUGGAAGGAAAAGAGAAUGUGACAUCCGAAUCCAACUGCCUCAAGUUUCUAAAGAGCAUUGUAAGAUUGAAGCUAAUGAAAAUAAGGAGGUUAUUUUGUUCAACUUAAGUUCUGUAACCCCAACACAAGUAAAUGGAAGUAAUGUUACAGACCCGACAUAUUUAAAGCAUGGAGAUAUACUGACUAUUAUUGAUCGUUCUUUCAGGUUUGAAUACCCACCUGUGUCACUUCCACAGAAAAGACGUUCCAGGUCUCAAGAUAAGGCCACAUUACAGGUUCUUCAUGUUCAGCAAGACUUGUGCUCUCAGGAUUCAAAAAACAGAAACCCUCAGAUUCCUGACAAGGAACUUGAACAAGGGAAUCAAACUCCUGAUGGCAGUGAGAAGGGAAGAUCUCAAGAACUUGUUACUGGAUGGAAUGACGCAUCUGAAUCUGCAUAUAAAAUAUGUCAAUCAGAAAGAAAAAGUGAGAUUUCUUUUUCCAGUGAACAUUCUGUAUCAGUGAAGUAUGAAGAUUCUACAAAAAACAUUGAAGGAAAUAGUGAGAUAUGCGGUCAAGAUAAUACUCUGAGAAAAGAUGAUAAUAUGUCAGGAGGUGUUUCACAAAUUCCUAAUAGAUUUGUGGCUAAUUCGACUAGUACCAACACUGUAAUGCAGAAAGAUGAUUCACAUGCUGGAAAUACUAAAAAUCAUGAUACAAACAGUGUGGUAUCCAGUCCAGUAAAUUGUGAUGUGAACAUCUUUAGAAAGUCAUCUACAAGAAGGUCAUCUGCAACACGUUCAUCUGCAAGUGUUUUGAAUUAUGCUGCAAAACAGGAAGAAGACAGUGAAGACACAAUUCCAUUGAAGAUUGAACACCCUGAAGAGAAUAAUCCAGAAAAAUCCAAAGAAACCAAAAGUGCUUGUAACGAUACCAUUAGAGUAAAUAGGCAAAGCGCAGAAUAUGUUCAUGAACCAUGUUAUAUUGUGUCACUGGACUAUAAUGAUGGAACAAACUAUUCUCAAAAAUCAGUAUAUCAGACACUGGGAGCAGGUACUGUAGAAAUCAAACCAAACCUAAUAGAUUCUUUUGGAUCUGUUGAAAGUGCUUUAUCUACACCAAAGUCUAAUAAAAAGUGUUUUCAAGUGUAUUCCAGUCCAUUUACUAGAAAUGCCAGAAGAAAUAGUUUUUCGAAGUAUAAUGUUCUACCAGUUGAGCUAGAUUCACUGAAUGAAAUGAAGUAUGCAGAAGCUUCAUUUGAAAUUGAGGAAUGCUCAUUGGAUACUAAUACAGGAGAAUGUGAAAUCAAUGGCUUAACUGGUCAUAAGUGUUCUAAAAUGGGGAGGAAUAGCAAAAUGAUGGUCACAGAUAUAAUACAGACUCCAAAAGAACAAAAAAAUGAGGUUGAUGUGAAUUACACCCCAAAAGAUGGAAACUCUGGAACUGUUGUCUGCUCCUUGGACAGUAGUAACAGCAAAAGCCCCAGAAGGAGUUUUAAACAGAAUAACAACUCUGUAAAUAGAAGUACUAUGAUGAAGAAAUCAACAGAAGAAUUAGUCCUAAUCACUGCUGCUUCUGAUGUGGGUAGAAUAACUCCUGCCCAACUAUCUGAUGACAACUUUGGCAGGAACUGCCCUGAAGAACACACAGAGAAGAUAAAACAGCCAAUCACAGAUGCGUAUGAACAGAAUGUCAAUGUGAAAAGUAAUAUGCCAGUAUUUUCAAAUCUAUAUGAAAGCAAUGUACAAACACCAGCUGAAGCUGUUUCAGAAAUGAAUGUGUCAAGUCCAUGUAUAUCAAACAGAAAGCCAGAAAUUAAAAAAUCACCUCAAAAGCGUAAAAAUAUUCAACUUGACAUAGUGUUUCAACCACCUGGAAAAAGAAAGAGAGUCUCCUUUGGUGGCCAGCUGAGUCCUGAACUAUUUGAUAAACGUCUCCCUCCAAACUCUCCACUUAAAAAAGGUGCAAUUCCAGCAAGACUGAGUUUACCAUUUGGAAACUCACCUCGAGCAGUUCUGAAAAAAGCUUCAGGAUUGAGACAAUCUAUAAUCAAGAGUUUCACUGAAAGGGAGCAAGGCAAUAUUUUGAUUGAAACAGCUUCCUCGCCCCCGGCUGCCCGCAGGUCCCNGGCCGCUUCCCCCCCGGCCACUUCAUCCCAGGCUGCCCGCAGGUCCCCAGCCACCUUGUCCCCAGCUGCCUCGCCCCCGGCCUCCCGCAGGUCCCCAGCCACCUCGCCCCGAGCCUGUUUCUCUUGUAACACACCCCAAAGAAAAGGCAGGUUCUCUGUUUCUCACGUUGCCUGCACAUCCCCAAAAGAACAGAGUUCUGUUGUCAAACAGGUGGAUGUAAAUAAAGAGAUCAUUGAACUGAAGACAGGUGGACCUAGUGAACAAGAAUCUAAAGUUUCUGGGUCAGUAAGGAGAAGCAAAACCUUUGCUGUACGGAAAAAAUCCUUGCAUAGGAGAAGUGGUGCUGUGGAUGCAAUUCAAUCUAAAAGACGAAGUGGUGCUUCUGAAGCCAACUUAAUAGUUGCAAAGUCUUGGGCAGAUAUUGUAAAACAAGGUGUUCCAAAAUCACAUUUGAGGACUACUGCAACUAAAUGUGGACCUAAAAAGAGUUCAGCAAAGAAAUCUACAAAACAAUCAAAGAACAAUGCUUCCGUAUUAAAAACUCCAGUAAGAAAAUUCACAGGUCACUUUACUACAGGUCAUGCUAACUCUCCUGCUCCGAUUGUGGUCGGAAAAGCUCACAUCAGCACUGUGAAUUUAGCUGCACAAGUCCCUAAAGUGAUGUACAACUAUCCUUUGAAGCAACAUUUUGACUUAAAUGAGAGUUUUACAGGGAUGGCUGAGAUGUUCAGUACUCCACCAAGCAGGGAGCAAGAAGAGUCUCUGUUUUGUAGUGAAAAAAUGAAGCUGCCAACACAAGAGGCCAUCUCAGAAAUUAAUGCUGAAGCAGAAGCUGAAGAGGGGCCUGCACCAUCUUGCAAUGUAUCAAAUCAACAAAGACACGACAAAGAAGAUAUGGUAUCCUCUUUCUUUAAAGAAGAGCCUCAGAUUUCCACUCUUGACCACAAUGACCUUCAGAUGACUCUCAGAGGAGCAGAUGGUGCCUUCAGAGAAACUGUGGGGAAGGAUAGCUUCGUAGUAGCAGUAAAUCAUACAGUUGGUACUGAAAUGCAAGAUAAAAGUCAAGAACAAAAAUCAGAAACAGUUAAGUUGCUUUCAGGGACCAAGAGAUCCCUGGAAACACCCAAGCAAAAAACAGAACCUGUUGAGGCAUUUUCAGGUGUUAAGAGGUUCCUCAGAACACCCAAGCAAAAAACAGAGGCUGUGGAGGCAUUGUCGGGAGUCAAGAGGCUGUUGAGAACACCCAAGCAAAAACCAGAGGCUGUGGAGGCGCUGUCGGGAGUCAAGAGGCUGUUGAGAACACCCAAGCAAAAACCAGAGGCUGUGGAGGCGCUGUCGGGAGUCAAGAGGCUGUUGAGAACACCCAAGCAAAAACCAGAGGCUGUGGAGGCACUCUCAGGGGUUAAGAGGCUCUUAAGAACACCCAAGCAAAAAACAGAGCCUGUGGAGAUGCUUUCAGGCAUCAAGAAGCUUUUGAGAACACCCAUGCAAAACCUGGAUCCUGUUGCAGAUGACAUUGUCUGCGCCAAGUUGAUGAAGUCUCCAGAAGAAAUGUCAGAGGAACUGAUAGGAAGUGAUAUCAACAGACAAGAGAAACAAAGAAUACAGGCUAACAUAGAUGAUGGUAUUGACAAGCCGGAGAAAAGAGUAAACCCCAUGGAAGACUUUGAAGGAAUUCAACGGUUGUUCAGAACACCAAAACAAAAAAACAAACCUGUGGAAGAUCUAGUUGGCAUCAGUCGGCUAUUAAAAACACCAAGGCAGAAGUUUUUGCCAGUUGAUGACUACUUGGGAUUGCAGAAGCUUAUGGCAGAACCUAAACAGAACUGUUUAAGUCCUGAAAUGGAUUAUUCGGGUAUCAAAGAAAUGUUGGAAACUACAGAUGAACAAAAGGGCGAAUUGCUGGAAUUUGUGAAUCUCAUUGACGAAGAGAAUGGUUCCUACAUAAAUUCCAAAACUGGAAAUGAGUCCAUACAAAGAAAUGAUCCUAAACAUGAUGUAAAAUUAGAAGACACCACAGGACAUGUUAUUUCUAAUUCAUUUAAUGAAUUGAAAACAGAGACAGAUAGAGAAACUAUGGACUCAAAGUGUGAAACAAACAAAGUGAAACAAACACAGAGCUAUCAUGCAGAAGGGAUUAAUUCCCAAAACGGAGGCGCAAACAAUUUUAUGAAAGAGGCAACUGCUGAUCUGGGUCCAAUAGAUAAAGAAGUGGUUGAAGUGUUGGCUUCAGGUAGAAGAACUAGGAGAGGGAAAGUUAAUGAAUCCAGUUCCCUAAAAGAACAAACAAGGAAGAUACAGAGAUAUACAAGGAAUUCAUGUAGGACAAAAUCAGCCAGUGCUGUAGAAAAAAGUACUUCGUGUCAGAACACUGCUGACUUAAGUCUAGUGCAAGAAUCUGAAACCAGCAUAUCAACACUUGAAACUAUGACAAGAUCUUCAAGAGGAGAAUCUAGAAAACAUUUCACUGAAACAGUUGAGUCUGUGAUUUCUGAUAACAUCAGUCAUGCUCCAGAAUUACUGAGACCAUCAAAGGAAGCUUCAGUCAAAAUGCAACCAUAUCUAAGAAGAAGGGUGACAGCUAAAUUGAAAGAAGAAGAAACAACAGUGGAUUUCAAAGAAGAUGUAAAACCAGAAGAAAAUGGAUGUCUCUUAGAUGCAAAAACAUCAUUGAGCUCAAGAAAUAAGGAAGAUUAUAAAAAUGAUUUAAAAUCUGAGUCUGUAGAAGUAAAUACACAAGAAAAAAUGCAAAAUGAAGGUUUUGAAAAUUCAAGGAUAGAAAAUAUCGGAAAUGGCCUAAAAAGAAGUAGAAGAGGAAAGAAUAUUCCAGUACAAACAAAACCUGGAACAUUAAAUGCAGCUGAUGAGGAGUAUAAAACUGGACGUAAAAAAUGUAUAGUAUCUAGAUCCUAUAUAAAACCUCUAGAAAAUAAUGCAGACGUAAAAGAAAAUGCAGUAAAGCAGGAAAAAGGGAGAAAAAUUCAUUUUUUACUUGAGAAAGAUGAUUCUUUACCUCUUCAAGAAAAAUCUGCGCUUGGAGAGAAGGGUCGCUCUCCUCAAAAAGAAAGGACCUUAUUGUCUGAAAGUGUUGCAUCCUCUACAACACAGCAUACAUCACGAAGAAGUAAAAGGAAAACAUCUGUUGCAUCACAACCAGUUUGCUUUUCUCCUUCCAAAGCAAAGCAGGUGUUAGAGAUUAAUGAAGCUGAAUACAAACAAGACAUAAAUUUCUCUUCUGAAAACAUUAUUGCAAAAGGUGACAUAUCAGGAGUUAGCUUUAGUUUUGUCCAUGAAAAAUGUGGGCAGGAAGGUCAAAAUGGAGAGAGUCCUAAUGUAACUCAGAAGGUGCAGUUGGAAAGUCUAGAAACGCCUACUGAACACAGUCAUCCAAGUGGGCAAAAAGUUGUAAAAGAAAAUGUACCCAGGAGAGGCAGAAGCAAGCAAGCCAUUUGUAAGGAAAUGCCCACACAAUAUGACAGUAAAGAGGCAGAUGAAAUGAAAACGAAAGAGAAUCAACCCAAAAGAGGAAGAGGAAGAAAAAUAAACCCUCAGUUGGAAAUUCCUUUACCUCUGGAACAGAAUACUCUUGAAGGAAACUUGAAAACAGACAGCUUUAAUUUGGCACAAAAUGAAUGUUCAGAACAAAUUCAGAAUGAAUCAUAUCCUAAGGAAACCCAAAAAAUGACCUUGGGAAGUUCUCCAAUUACUGCACAGCGUAGUUCACAAAAAAGGCAGAAAGUAGGAAAAGAAAAUCCAUUGAGGAGAAGCAAAAGAAAAGCACUUGAUCAUGAAACUACCACAGAAAAUGUCAGUAAACAGGAACGUGUUUUAGUAGACCAAAACAUGGUUAUCAUAAAUGGGAAUUUACCAAAACGUACCAAAGGGAGUAAGAUUGGCUGUCAACUCCAAACAACUCCAAAUAAGUCUCUGGAACUUAAUACUUUUGCAAGAGAAGAACAGGAAAUGCGCGACUUGAGUUCUGUUCAAGAAGAAUGUUCCUUGCAACAACCUCAAAAUGCCGUAAAUCCUAAUGAAACCCAAAAGGUGCCCAUGAAAAAUGUGCAAGUUCUCAUAGAGCAUAGUCCACCAGAAGGACGAAAAGUUACAGAAGAUCAUCUGCCUAGGAGAGGAAGAAGAAAAGCCAUUGCUCAAAAAACCCAUACAGAAUAUGAUGACAAACAGACAGGUAAAGAACAAAAUGUGGAAAAGAAAGAAAACCUGUCAAAACGGGGCAAAGGAAGAAAGAUUGCCCCAGCCCCUCAAACACUUCUUGCUCCCCUUGAGAAUAACUUAGCAUUGCAACCAUCGACCCAAAGUAGAAGUGCAGUAGAACAGUCAAGUGAAGCUUCGGAAACUAAAACUACUGCAAAUGGGCAUCUGUCACACAGAGGCAGAAGAAGAAAAACAGAUAUAAUCAUGACAGGCUCAGUUUCUGCCAGCAAAAAGCCUAGACUGGUUGAUAAAAGCAACAAAGAAAGAAUGCCUAAGGAUAUUCAAGAUGUUUCAAAAGAGAAUAUAUCCAAAAGAAGUGGGAAAAAACAAUUAGUUCUUCAUAAAACCUUAGCAGAAUGCAGUGGCCAAUUCGGAAAUGACAGUGAAAAGGCUAUGCCUGUAAAAGAUGAAAGUAUCCCUUUACAAAAAGGUUCUGGAAGAGAGAACAAAUCAAAAAAGAAUAAAGAACAAAUUGAUUUGGCAUCUUCCUCUCUAAAUGUAAGCAUCACUCUGCCACCACUAUGCUCAGAGAAAGGCGGGACUGCCUGUGAAAACCAAAGCACAGUUAUUGGAGAUGGUGCUGUUGGGAAAGCCAGAUUGGCAAAACGUGGCAGUAGAAAUAAAACAGUGGUACCUACCACAGCUGUCAGAACGAAGUAUAAGCAAACUGAAGAGGAGGUUGAUCACAAAAAUAAUUUAGAAAAGACAGCUGUGACAAAUCAGAAACAGGGCAGAAGCAAUAGAAGGAAACCUGUGACACUUGAAUCAACUAUUUGUGCUUCUCUCAAAGAAAAAUAUGGAUUGAUCACAGGCAAUGAUACCAUUUCUGAAGAUCUGCUUGUGAUUGUGGACAAUACUGCAGCAAAAAAGAAUCCACCCAGACGGGGCAAAAAGAGACAAGUGAACAGUGAUUCAGAAACCAGUGCUACUACUUCUGAUACAACCAGGGAUGUUGUUUUGGAAAAUAAAUUGAAAUCUAAAACAGAAAAUUCUGAGAACACAACAUUGCAAAAAGGAAAAAGAAAGAAAACAAAAGAAGAACCUACCAGAGCUGCAGCUGGGACUGCUGAAGAGGCAGAAGGCAGGACAAGAGGAAGCAAACGAACAAAAAAAUAAUGUCUUCUUUGGUACUGGAUUGUAAAUGUUUUUCCUCUGAAAAUGUCAUUGGAUUUUGUACUCCUGGGUUGUACAAUAUACUUUGCAUUUAAUAGAUACAUAUUUUCUUUAAUUUUAUUUAGCUUCAUCCCUGGCAUUGAUACAUUUCUUCCGCAGAGUGCUGUAAAUAUUUUGUAGGGGCUUGGUAAUUUCAGUUUUUGACUGCUCUGAUUUGUAUUGUUUGAAGAAAUUUUAAAUAACAGUGUCGCUGCAUUGUGCAUUUUGACAUUAAACCGCAUAUUCAUGUUGUA